AUUAGAUAUACGUCGCGUGAAAGAGUUUAUUUGGUUGUUCAUGCAUUACAAAUUUCUGCAACUACCAUCCACCGUACAUGACAGUAAUUGCACGGGUUUCUCAUGCGGUACCCUUAAAUGCUUGUCACCGUGGAAACGAACUGAGUAAACAACUACCUCGCCCAGUUUUGCGUUCUCUAGAUAAUUAUAUACUAGUUUUGUGUUUAAUGGCUGACAUAUGCAAGAAGGAAAUUAACGUCAAAGAACUGGAAGCUGAGUUACAGAAACAAAUCGACGACGAUGCCCGAUACUGGAGGGAAAAUGAUGCGAAGUUCCGAGCUAUUGAUCAGAAAGUGGCUACAUACGAUGAAUUUAGGGACAUGGUAAAAGCAGCUCAUCUGCAGCCUGUGAAGAAGAGUGAGGUCCAACACAAUCCUGACAAAGCUAGGAAAAGAGUCUGGAAUACUAUUGCUCCAAAACAAAAGGAAAUUUCCCAGGAAAAUUACUGUCAGCAUGAACUGUAUAGAAUGGGCAAAUCAUCUGGCACAAUCGUUCCCACAACACUUCCACAGUUUUGCCAGGAAUGGAGAAGACUUCCCAAGACAGAACACCUCAGCUUUCUUAAAACAGUAGGAUCAUUUUCAUUGGCCAAGGUGUUACAGUCAGAGCUGCCAGCUGUUGAAUUUGGAGAAAUUAUUAUGGCCCUUUCAGAGUACAGUAGUGAAGAUGCCCCAUUUGUUGUCAGUCUGCUGAAAAUAUUUGCAUCUGCUAAACGAUAUGGUGUCAUGUUCUGCAUUUUCUGUUACAUACCUUAUGAUUAUUGA